GAGCUUCAAGACUUCACUGGAACCCUCACCACCAUUGUCCCCACACUCUCUUUGUAUAAGGUUUACUAAACCCACAAGACACUCUCAAUAAACAAUUCACAAGAUGCGUUUGCUAGUAGAACAAGUAGCUAGAGCUUCUUCACCAUUUUCCUCUGCUUCUUCUACAGAAUGUAACUCUCAUACUUGCAGAUGGAAGCCUUACUCAAACUCUAGUGAGUUCCAAGCAAACGCAUCUGUUCUCCUCAUCCUUUUCGUCUCUGCUCUCAUAUGUGGCCUCUCUCUCUGCGCUGCAAUACGUUGCUUUCUCCGCCCAAAUCUCCAAACUGACGACAACGAGCACAAGCCUGAUCCUGAAGAGGAUGUUUCAUCCACCGUGCCAACUCCGACGCUUGUCUACUCCUCAGACCUUGAGCUUGCAGGGGCUCAAGCAGAGUGUGCCAUAUGUUUGUCUGAGUUCGAACCAGGUGAGAGCAUCCACGUGCUGGAGAAAUGUCAUCAUGGGUUCCAUGUCAAGUGCAUCCAUAAGUGGCUAUCUUCCCGCUCCUCCUGUCCUACUUGCCGGACUUCUAUCUUCUCACAGAACACCUUAGACUCUGCAACAUCAGCGGUAGCUCCUUCAACAAAUGAGAUCAAUGCUUAGCUUUCCUCACUUCUUCUCCCACGUUCUCAUCUUUCUUCUUUCCAAAAGGUUUAGACCUUUUUGUUUAGUCUUUCGUUGUAUCCAAAGCUUAGAGUUAUAUAUUAUGUUUUGCUUGAGAUUGUUGUUCUAUGUUCAUGUUAUGUACCAUAACAUUAGUUACCA